AUGUCUCGGGGUUGCUGCUUCCCCUCAACAGCACUACUGCAGCAUCACUGCAACCACCACCACCACCUUCUUAUCCCAACAAGGAACACCCUUUCGGCGACCGCCUCACUAUUGCUUGUCAGACCCCGGACCUCCAAUAUGAUCACUCACAUCGUCCAAUUCCAAUUCAAAUCCUCUCUCGCCCCCGAAAGGAUCCAGGAGACAUGCGCUCACCUCGUCUCCCUGAAGGACAAGUGUCUACCUCCUAUCACGCAGAAGCCAUACAUCAAGUCAUUCAAUGCGGGAAAGCAGGAUUCACCUGAGGGUAAGAAUAAUGGAAUCACCCAUGUCUUCGUCAUGGAGUUUGAGUCCGAUCAAGACAGAGAGUAUUAUCUCACCAAAGACCCGGCGCAUCUAGGCUUCGUUCAGACCCUGGAUGGCCUGAUCGAAAAGUCCCAGGUGGUCGACUUCACCGAGGGCGUCUUCUAAACCCUUUCUGAGGACCUUAAGGUUCCAGAACCGCCAAGCCGGCAUGAAUAUGCAUAAAGGAAGACAAGUAGAUGAGUGUAUAGAUGAUGCAGCAAGCUACGAAUUCAACUUUUCAUGAUGCUUUGAAUCUGGUCGAAUUUCCGACCGUGGUAUCGCGCACCAGCAGGGCCA